AAAGGAGGGGGGUGAAGGAGGACCGCUUUGCAAUAGCAGCAGCAGCAGGAGGAAACACACACACAUAUUCCGGGGGCUGGGUCUCGCGGAAGGAAGCUGGCGCUGUCCGUGGUGCUGAAUCGCGCGGCGCCUCCAAGCUCCCCGGCGCUUCUGUGCUUGCCUGUCCUCCCGCCGCCUGCCACACGCUCCCCGGGGGAGGAACCGACAGAGAGGGCGGCAGGGUGCCUGGGUGGGUGCGCCUCCUUGCCGCUGACGAUGGCCACGACGAGAGCCCAGCCGCUCUUCUUCCGCCCGUGAUCCGGCGUUCUCGAUCGCCGAUCGCCGAUUCUCCCCUUACGUUGCCGUGAUCACGGGCGCAAGGCAGCACAACAAACGCGCUGAAUCAGUUGGCGAAAAGGAGGAGGAGGAGGAGGAGGCAGGCAGGCAGAGCGGCGGCGGCGGCGGCUCGGCGAGAGAACCAAGAUGUCAGUGCAUUGCUGCAAAGCUGCAGGACUUCUGGGGCGACGGAGCAGGGCGACCGGACUCCCGCGUUAGGAAGGCAAAAGACUGGCUUGGAUGUGCGUUGUGUGUGUGUUUCAAGAAAAAGCCCAGGAUUGAAAUCGACCAAAGGGCAGCUUUCUUCCUUAGCUGCCUGUCCUCUGAAACAAGCAAGCAUAUCGACCGUGACCAGGAUUCUUGCAAAAUCAUCACCAUCAUCAUAAAAACACACUCUACUUCACAUCGCAGGCUUCCUGGUGUUUAGAAGCAAGAUUGCUGGAGGCUGGGAAGCUGAAGAUUCGGGCUUUUUUUUUUUUUUGGACUUUGAUUUUCAAGCGUUUCUACUCCUUGAAUGUGGCCCCCUUAAAGGGCUGAGAGAGGUAGAAUAUCUGUUUAUCUAAAGCCCCCCUCUGGUAUUUCUGGGAGGGUUCAGUCUCGAAGGGCUCAGUAGACUGAUCCAGAUGGCCAGACACAAGAAAGGGAUGGCUGUUUACCACUGACUGCCGUUUCCUGGCCAGUGACAAGACCUCUCCGCCUUAGCAGACUGAGUGAAGCUGAAGCUUCAGAAUUUCCUGGCCAUUUUGCCACCCCUACCUACUCUUGGCCAUAGGAAAAAGCGAAUGAGUGCCCAGGGUUCUUUCCUUCUGGAGCCUAAGUUUUUCCUCUCCUCACUUCCCCCAGAGUUUGAUGAAUCUCCACCUGCUUCUAUGUGAUCACUGAAGGAAGCCACUGUCCAGUGACACCUGCCCAAGAGCUGGGCUCAUACCUGGUAUCCAGUUCAAAGGGCUUUCUGCCUCCUAGUGAAGAUGUCCAUGGUCUUUCUGUGAAGCUAAGGUAUGGCUGCCGGAAGGUUAUUGCUCUAUGCCGGUCUCUCUUUAGCGUUGUGUGCUCUAGGCAUGCUGGCUGUGGCGAUCUGCUCUGACCAUUGGUAUGAAACUGAUGCCAGGAAGCACAGGGAACGGUGCAAAAGCAUCACCACCCGGAGGAAUGACCCUGGCUUCAUUUAUAACUCUAACAACAACCUGCCCCUCAGAGCCAGCAGGUCUAGAUUGGACCGUUGGGAAGGGAAACUUCUCUUGGCAAGAAACAGGAGGCAGCUCUUUGCCAUGAGUGCCGUUGAUGAGUGCAACAGACAGUACAACUCUACUAACAUGGGGCUGUGGAGGAAAUGCCACCGGCUGGGAUUUGACCUGGACUUGGAGGAGCUCAUUGCUAAAGCAUUUGGCCAACAAGGAGCAAUUGACCAGUGUUCAUACAUCAAGUACCACUACUCCUCAGCAACAAUUCCCAAGAACCUCACCUACAACAUUACGAAGACCAUCCGCCAGGAUGAGUGGCAUGCCUUGCACUUGCGCAGAAUGACAGCAGGCUUCAUGGGCAUGGCUGUGGCCAUCAUCCUCUUCGGAUGGAUUAUCGGGGUGCUGGGCUGCUGCUGGGAUCGAGGCCUUAUGCAGUAUGUGGCAGGACUUCUCUUCCUCAUGGGAGGAACCUUCUGCAUCAUUUCGCUGUGCACCUGCGUGGCUGGGAUCAACUUUGAGCUCUCCCGAUACCCCCGGUACCUGUAUGGACUUCCAGACGACAUCAGCCAUGGCUACGGCUGGUCCAUGUUUUGCGCAUGGGGAGGCCUGGGUCUCACUCUGAUCUCCGGCUUCUUCUGCACCUUGGCCCCUUCUGUUCAACCUGUCCCCAGGACCAACUGCCCCAAAUCGAGACCUGAGAAUGGGACAGUGUGCUAAAACAGACACAAACAAACCUACCAAUAUACAUAUUAUAAAUAUAUAUAUAUAUACAUAAACAUAUAUCAUAUAUAGAUCUCAAACGGAUGCCAGUGCCAAUGUAGAGUGGAGUCCAAUAUGGCGCCUACGUCUCCUCUACAGACUUUGUAUCGCUCUUGUUCUUUCUCCUGGAGGUGGAAAUAGCUUUUCUGCACCAUUGCUCUUCCAUCUAGUUCUUUAAAAACAAACAAAAACACAUCCCAGUUCCAAAAGUCAAGUGAACAUAUUGUUUCAUCUGACUACUGCUGGUUAGGGGUGGGUUACAGUAGGGCUUGGGAAAGGGAUGUUUCUUGGGAUAUGUGAUAACUGAGUUUGUAUAGGAAGCUCACACACACACACACACACACACACACACAAUCUUGCCUGUUGCAAAUUGGGGAAACAGAAAUCAAACAUUUGUGUUACCUCUCUCUAAAAUGUAACCUCCUCAAGGCCAUCUUCAGAAUCCCUCCCUUUUUCCUGCACACUCUCCUCUUUUUAAACAACAGCAACAAAAAUCUUGCCUGUUAAUUUUGUCUGACUUACCAAUAAAAGGGGGUGAACGAGAACA